AACAAGAACAACAAAUACAACUGCUACCAGGAAUACAACAACAAAUUUAAUUCUACUAAUAAAAAGCUGAUGCAAAUUUCUGUGAACUAGCGCCAAUAAAUUGCGAAAAUGUGCUGCAAAUCUAACACCAUGUGGAUAUGUUGUACGUCUUCAAGUGGCCAGCAGGAACAAAAUGAACAACAACAACAACAACAACCACCAGUGACGACAGCCCACAACACACAAUGUCACGGCCAAAAACAGAGGCACAGAAAGAACGGGAGCCAACGACAUAUUUUUGGCCCAAUUUUUACAAUCGUAGUUUUUGUCAUCAUUGCCUUGAUUCAAAUGGAAUCUGUGGCAGCUGGAUUGAACGAAGGCCUCUCAGGUGAUAUGGAAUCCUGCGUCAAUGAAGGUGAAGAGGUGCAAAUCGAAGGAAUACAAAACUCCAAAUGCUUCAAGUGCACAUGCCAGAAUGGCUUUGUGAAAUGCGACAAGAGCUGCCCGUCCAUUGAUGAUUGCUAUCUACUCGACUCCAAGUCCAGUGACACCUGCUGUCGCAAGUGCAAAGGCUGCAUGUAUCGCGGCGUGCCCUAUGCGAGCGGCGCUGAAUGGAGCGAUCCGGAGGAACCCUGCAAGACGUACAAGUGCAUCGCCAGUGUUGUCACCGAAACAACACAGAAAUGUUAUUCACAGUGCGACGAUAAUCAGUUGACAGCGCCACGCCCCGGCGAAUGCUGUCCCACAUGUCAGGGUUGCAAGAUCAAUGGCCAGACCGUUGCCGAAGGCCAAGAGGUUGUCGCCUCGAUCGACGAUCGUUGUUUGGUCUGCCAGUGCAGCGGCAACGAGCUGAGUUGCGCCAAGAAGACUUGCCCCAUACUGCAGUGCCCCAAAACGAAGCAGAAGCAGCUGCCCAACGAGUGCUGCCCACGCUGCACCGAACAGCGCGAAUUUGUGCCAGUCAAAGGCAAGUGUAUAUUCAACAAUAAGGUCUAUUACGACAAGAUGCAGUUUACGCCAGAUCGUUGCACCAAUUGCACCUGUUCGAAUGGCACCUCGAUCUGCCAGCGCGCCACUUGCCCCAUUUUGGAUUGUGCGCCCGAGUAUCAGGAGGAGGCCGGCUGCUGUCCCCGCUGCGUUGUCCUCGAGGUCAGGAGCGAAUGCUCGCAUCAGGGCAUCACGUAUAUGAACAACGAGACGUGGAAUAUGGGUGCCUGCCGCAGUUGUCGCUGCAUUGGUGGCAACAUACGAUGCUCCGAGAUGCGCUGCCAGCCGGUCAAGUGUCGACCCAAUGAGGAGCUGAAGGUGCCACCAGGCGAAUGCUGUCCCAAAUGCCUGGAAACCGCCGGCACAUGCACCGUCUUCGGUGACCCACAUUUCAAAACGUUUGAUGGCAAAUUCUUCAGUUUCCAAGGCAGCUGCAAGUAUCUGCUGGCCUCCGAUUGUUAUGGUCACAACUUCUCCAUACGGCUGACAAACGAUGGACGCGGCACGCGACGCUCAUCGUGGCCCAAAACGGUCACGCUCAAGCUACAUGGUCUGCGCAUCAAUCUCGGCCAGAAGUUACGCGUGAAAAUCAACGGCACUCGUGUGAUGCUGCCCUACAAGAACCACAGCAGCAGCAGCAGCCACAAUGGGCAUGGCCACAAUGUGAGUAUCGAACGAUUGGCUGAGGGUGGCAUCAUGUUAACGACGGAGCUGGGCCUGACCAUCGAAUGGGAUGGCAACACUUUUCUGCAAGUGUCGGUGCCGGCACAAUACAAGCGUCAUAUGUGUGGACUGUGCGGCAAUUACAACGGCAGUGGACGGGAUGAUCUGACCGGAAGGGACGGACGGCUGCAUAGCGAUGAUAAGGUCGGGCACUUUGCCAACUCAUGGAAGGUGGGUGGACCGAAGUCGUGCUCGCGUCAACGGGAGAAUGUUGUGGCGCAGCCGAUAUGCAACAAGCGUAUUUACAACUUCUACUGUCGGCCACUGCGUGUCUCGGAAGUAUUUGGUAACUGUGAUAGUAGACUUAAUCCCAAUAACUACAUCGCCUCCUGUCGCAUGGACGUCUGCGAGUGCCCCACGGGUAGCUGCCACUGUGACAGCUUUGCGGCCUAUGCCCACGAGUGUCGACGCCUCGGCGUUCAACUGCCUGAUUGGCGUGCCGCCACCAAUUGCACAAUGGGCAGCUGGCGUCGCAAUGUCACCGAGUCCACCUUUAUUGGCAACAGCUUGUACGGCGAUGCAAGUUUCUUGAUGCGCGCCAAUGGCAGCACUGGCAAUCGUGGCACAGUUAAGGAGCAACGUCGCAAGCAGAAACUAAAACAGCAGCAACAUCAGCUGCAUCUGCAACAGCAGCACCUGCAACAGCAACAACUACAACUGCAGCGACCCCUGCAAAAUGAGCUGCAGGAAAAUGAAUACAGCAAGAAACAUGUGCCCAAUAAAUUCUUACGGCCGCGUGCGCCGGAUCGCACGCCGCCUCCAAUACACUGAGCACUGAGUAUGGAUUUAAACAUAUAAUUUAGUUACUAUGCAUACACACACACACACGCACACACACUCACUAUACACACUCACACACGCACCCACAUACAUGCACUCUCUCAUGCAGGCUAAUGCAAAAAACAUUGCAUACUUUUAAGUGACAAUGACACGAGCUGAACCGCAGAGGAUUAAUCGGAAAGAAGAGCUACAGACAUUAUUUAUCUAUUUUUUUGAUUUAGCCUUAGCUAAACAUUUCUCAAAUUGACUAAGAAUUGGACUCAAACUCUAGUUUCCGAGCUGAGUUGAAAGCGUUUCAGCCAGUGUUAUUGGCACACAUUUUGGGUAGCAAGUUAACAAGAAAGUUCCACAUAAGAAUUUUGAUUGUAUGUCCACUCCCAUGACAGCACCAGUAUUAAGCUAAGCAUUAUCCCCUCAAAUCCUACAUCCAACAGUCUCUGGUGUUAUAUACUCGAUUAGUGUACCAUUUUAUGCUUGCCUUUAUUCACACAUCCAACAUCUGCAUUCGUUGUCGCCAUUUUGUUUAGUUUCGAUAAGUUUUAUUUAUUUUAGACGAUAAGUUAUUAUUUAGACCCCUGGCCUAAGUACUACUCGAAAGUAUGUUGUGUGUCUGUUAAUUUUUGAUGUAUUUUAUGUAUGUGUGUAUUAUCGCUUAAAUAAAACUCGUACUACUCGAUAACGAUAAUUUAGUGUACUUAUAAACUACUAUACUAUAUAUAUAUAGUAAUGUUAGUUAAACAAAUUUUAGUUUUGCUUAAAAUUUAAGCUUUAAACAUUUAUGAAAAUUGCACAAACAGUAUUUUUGCUUAGUUUAAAUCCCAUUAUAAUACUGCAAAAUAAACUACUGAAGGAACAAAUUGGGCUAUUUUCCCAAAACUUAACUCUAUCUCUCUAACUUUUUCUAUAACUCCCUCUCUCUCUAUCUCUAUCUCUCUUUGUCUUUCAUUAUAUCUUACUAACUCGAACAUAAAAUCUUUAAAAAUUCCAUAUAUCCCAAUAGAAAAAAACUUGGAUUAGUCCCUUAAAAAAACUGUGUUAAUAUUUAUAAUGUUCAAUCCAAGUUGCACUCAAAAACAAAAAAAA